AUGCCACCACCACCAAUACAACUCCUCCCCCUAGCAACCUUCACUCCCGACCUCUACACCCGCGCCUGGCAAUCAACCCCCCACCCCUCCCUCCCCCUCCUAGCAACAACCCACGACAAGACCGUCACCGUGUUUUCCCUCGCGACCUUUUCAAAGCACUCGUCCCUCACGGGGGGUCACAGCCGCUCCAUCCGAUCCUGCGCCUGGCAGCCUUCCUCUUCCUCUCAAACCCUGCGUCUCGUAACCGGCAGUUUUGACUCCACGGCCGGGAUCUGGACUUACAACCCUGCUGCCACGCUCGAAAAACCCAUCGGUCAAGGGGAGGAGGAGGAGGAGGAGGAGGAGGAAGAAUGGGAAUUCACCCUCGUGCUCGAAGGCCACGAAAACGAAGUCAAGUCGUUAAGUUUUAGUCCGUCGGGACAGUAUCUAGCUACUUGCAGUAGGGAUAAAUCGAUUUGGAUAUGGGAGCACUUAUCGGGAGGGGAGGAUGGAGAGGAGGAUGAGGAUUGGGAGACGGUUGCUGUUUUAAGUGAGCAUGAUGGGGAUGUGAAAACUGUGGCUUUUGCGCCGGGUUUUAAACAGGGGAAGAGGCAUGAUGGGAGGAGGUAUGGGAGUGAUUGUUUGGCUAGUGGGAGUUAUGAUGAUACGGUUAGGGUUUGGAGGGAGGAUCAGGAUGGGGAGUGGGGGUGUGUGAGUGUGCUGGAGGGGGGGUUGGGACUGUUUGGGGGGUUGAGUGGGAGAAAAGGGAGAGGGAAAAUGGGAGAGGAAGAGGAGGGGGAUAGUAGGUGGGGAGGGGUGCCGAAUAGGAUGAGGCAGAGUUUGAGGGAGGAGUGGGAGGUUAAGGGGGUGUUGCCGAGGGUUCACACUAGGGAGAUUUACUCGGUUGGUUGGAGUGGGGAGAGUGGAUUGGUGGCUACGACGGGGGGGGAUGGGUUGUUGGUUGUUUAUGAGGAGGAUGAAGAGACAAAGGAGUGGAAGGUUAGGGCGAAGGUGGAGGGUGCGCAUGGGCCGUAUGAGGUUAAUCAUGUGACUGGGUGUAGGAGGUCUGAUAAGGGGGCGGAGGGGAGGCAGGAGGAGAUGUUGGUUACGACGGGGGAUCAUGGGGCUCUGAGGGCUUGGGAGGUGAGGAUAGGGGAGUAG